AUGCUCAUGGCUCAAAGAACAAAACCAGAAGUCUAAAUAGAAAACAUUUUCCAACUGACUUGAACUCCUUGCUGUCGAAAUUCAUGACCCGACCCGACAACCCCCUAAAAUAUGGCUCAUUUGAUUGCAAGUACAUACAAUUCCUUUCUUCUAAAUUCAUCUUCCAGCUUUAGAUGUAAUAAAGUUGAAGUGGAGAACUUGGGUGAUAGUAGCAGGGAUCUGACUUUUUUUGAGAGAAGUAGUGAGAAGGGAAGAAAGUCCAGGGAGAGACAAAGGGGAGCUUUGGUGCCCUUUUGUUCUUCUUCAACCUCUGUGGGUUUGGAAGGGGAGGGCAAGGAGAGGAAAUUAUUGGUCAGUAAGGAGCAGUUUGGCUAUUUGGUUAGUGAGUUUGGGUGGAAGGUUAGGAGGUUGGUUGAGGAAGAAGAUGAGAUGAGAAGAGUAGCCCAAGUACAGGCUGAAGCAUUUCAUGAUCCAGUUAUUCUGUUCAAUGGUUUGUUCUUUGAAUUCUUCAAGGCUGAAGUGUUCUCUGGCCUUGUCUACAAGUUAAGAAACUCACCACCAGAUAGGUAUGCUUGUUUGGUUGCUGAGGCAGCAGAUGCUUUAAAUACAAAGCCUGAAUCUCCAGAGGGGCUUGUGGGGGUUGCAGAUGUAACAGUAUUAAGAGAUGAAGUUGUCCUCAGGCAUCUUGAAGGAGCAGAAGAAUAUCUUUAUGUUUCUGGAAUAGCAGUGUCAAAAGAUUUUAGGAGACGGAAGGUAGCAACUGCAUUGCUUAAAGCCUGCGACAUGCUGUCACUUCUUUGGGGUUUCAACUACCUUGCUCUGCGGGCAUAUGAAGAUGAUUUAGCAGCACGCAAAUUGUACGGUAAUGCAGGCUACAGAGUUGUUUCAGGAGAGUCACCAUGGUUACCGUCUUGGAUAGGAAGUAAGCGAAGGGUUCUAAUGAUCAAAAGGUCAACCUUAGGAGAUUGGUGCUGACAAGCUUAAUUGCAAAAAGAAGAUAAAACACAAUCCUAGUACAUCUGAGACUAAACUCAUUAUUGCAACUCUCAUAUUCAGAUUUUUUUUUUUCUUCUUUCAAGUUGGGGCAUCAAAUAAGCACCUUAUUUGAUAUUAUAAUAGAUGUGCAGCACAGAACUGAGAAAGUUUGAAGUUCAGUAGCCUUGGAACCAUAGCAAAACCUAUCAGAGGUUCCUGAAUUCAGGCUAUAAGCUCAUUUACCAAAACAAGCCAUGGCCUUCUUAUAUUUGAAAUAUCCAUUAGGAAGAGGAUGAUCAUAUUCUUCAAGACCAUAUUGUUCUUGGUUGGCUAGCCUACCUACCAAGCAACUCUCUGAUCUUUAUUCAGAAAUUGAUCUCUUGGUUAAAAGAUAAAGAACUGCAUCAACCAGGAGUGACAAGUAAUUUACUGGUGGAGUAUCGAUGAAAUAUGAAAAAUAAAGAUGUCAAGGAGUGGCUAUUGUGAAGGUUCCCCAUUUGGUACUUCAGUGCAUGUAUGCUUGUGUC